AUGAGCCGCGGUCCUUCCACACCUGCCGUGGUGCAGCUCUGCUACGAGGGCGUGAACGGGUCUUGUAUUAAAACUCCCUGCUUGCCGGGAGCCCGGGUGCUUCUGUACUCAGCGUUUGGCUUGGGCGCUGUGCUGGCUGUGUUUGGAAACCUCCUGGUGGUGACUGCCAUUCUUCACUUCAAGCAGCUGCACUCUCCCACCAACUUUCUCCUCGCCUCUCUGGCCUGCGCUGACUUCCUGGUGGGGGUCACUGUGAUGCCCUUCAGCAUGGUCAGGUCCGUGGAGAGCUGCUGGUACUUUGGAGCCAGAUUCUGUGCCCUCCACAGUUGCUGUGAUGUGGCAUUUUGUUACUCUUCUCUCUUCCACUUGUGCUGCAUCUCCAUCGACAGGUACAUUGCUGUCACUGACCCUCUGGUCUAUCCCGCCAAGUUCACAGUAUCUGUGUCAGGGAUGUGCGUCAGCAUCUCCUGGAUCCUGCCCCUUGUCUACAGCGGUGCUGUGUUCUACACAGGUGUCAGUAACGAUGGGAUGGAGGAAUUAGUAAGUGCCCUCAACUGUAUAGGUGGUUGUCAAAUUGUUGUAAAUCAAGACUGGGUGUUGAUAGACUUUCUGUUAUUCUUCAUACUUACAGUUGUCAUGAUAAUUCUUUACAGUAAGAUUUUUCUUGUAGCUAAACAACAAGCUAUAAAAAUUGAGCACACUGGUGGCAAAGCAGAGUCAUCCUCGGAGAGUUAUAAAGCCAGAGUGGCCAAGAGAGAGAGAAAAGCAGCUAAAACCCUGGGCGUCACAGUGGUAGCAUUUCUGAUUUCAUGGUUACCGUAUACAAUUGACACGCUUGUCGAUGCCUUCAUGGGCUUCGUAACCCCUGCCUAUAUUUAUGAGAUCUGCUGUUGGGGGGCUUAUUAUAACUCAGCCGUGAACCCUCUGAUUUAUGCUUUAUUUUAUCCUUGGUUUAGGAAAGCCAUAAAGGUUAUUGUGAGUGGGGAAGUUUUGAAGGAUAGCUCAUCAACCAUUAGUUUAUUUUCAGAAUAAAUGCAAGCACUAAGUGGAGAAAAUUAAAGAUAUUUUCAAAACUACAAAUUUAUGAUGAAAUUAGGUAUAAGAAAUGAACAACCUUUCAAAACUAGAGAAAUAUAGUCUUUUUUCAAAUUCGCCAAGAAUGAACUCCCAAGAAUGUGUCUCCAUUAUAACAUUGUGAAGAUAUUUACUGCACUAAAUAAUAAUUGAUAAACUGGUUUCCAUGUGUCACCUGUCUCAAUGCUCUGUACAUGUCCUUACCACCUACACUUGUUUCUUCCAGCAUCACUGAAUUCUGAAUCUCAUCUCUGGCUGUGAAAUCUCAAAUUAUUUUCCUAUUUAUGCUCAACUCCCGUUUGUCGUCAAAUGGUCUUUCUCUCCCUGACUUUCCGACGCUGUGUUGGUGUAUGAGGCCAUUAUCGCGAUGCUCCGCAGACUGCACGGCUUAAACUACAGACAUUUAUUUUCUCAUGAUUUUAGAAGUUAAAACUCCAAAAUCAAGGUGUUAUCAGGGUUGGUUUCUUCUGAGGUCCCCCUUUGUCUUGUCAAUGGCUGUCUUCUCUGUGCUCACACGGUGUCUCUGUGUUUCUGUGUCCUCAUCUCCUCUUCUUAUAAGGGCACAGCUC